AUGUUAGAUUACUAUCCACAUCCCCAACUACCUGCCAUUUACGCAGCCCUCUACCCGUACAGAAACCGGACGAAUUGGAGCUCAAAAAAGGAUAACGCUACCAAGGGGGCCUGCCGGCAGCAAAAGUCCGGAGCAUUCUCGGUUAACGUGCAAAAAGAUAACGAAAGCGGUGGAGCAAACAGCAACAGCAGCAUCCGAAUCAAUCCGGGAUGUAUGUCGAAUCCGUGUGGAAGGAAAUCGCUUCAGAUAGAAACAGUGCUGCCACGGCCGGAGGCAAUCCAUCUCAAGCUGCUGUGUAGCCUGUCAAGAACUGCUGGUUCCGAUGCUUUAUCCAAAACCGCUGGUCAGAAUCAAUCCAUCGAUGAUCCGAUUCAAUCCACCAGUGGUCCAAGUCAAUCCGUUACUCCACAAUCAACUUCACAAUCUGACUAUCAUCAUGCAGGCGGCUCCCACUCAGAUGGUUCAAAUCAAUCUGCUGCGCCACCAUCGACAGUUGGUCUGAGUCAAUCCGAAUCUGGCCCAAGUCUAGCCACCGAUAGCCCGACAAUUGUCAAUACCGCUGGUCCGAGUUCAAGUCGCUCCAUCGCUCACGAUUACGUACCACGUUCACGAACAAUAAUGGAGCCCACCAAGGAUACAGUCGACAGUGGCCGCUAUGCAUGGGGUGGCAAUACUGGAAAUCAUGGCAACAAAUACGAAGAAGAUUUAGCAUUUGCGCUAUUUGAGCGAGCAUCUUUGCGGAAAUCUGAAUUCAAACUUGCCUCAGAAAUGAAGGACGCUGGAAAAUUCGAUGAUGUGGUCAUAAUUUUCGAAGAACCGAAGGAAGUGUGGUUGUUCCAAGCCAAACACAACGACAGCUCAGAUGGUUCAAAACCAAUAUCGUUCAACAAUUUGUUUCCAAAGACGCGUAAGGAAAAUUAUGAUUUUGCUAUUAUCAAGUACAUACAGUCCUAUUUAGACGUUAUUCAAAAAGAUGAGUUCAAGGGGUUGAAGAUGCGAUUUUUUAUCCUAACCAAUAAAUCAUUAGACGAUAGCAAUAGUCAGCUAAGAGAGUUGGUGGACAUCGAGGUCUGUGAACAAAGUGAAGUGAACCCAAUAAUGAAGUUUGCUGAAUCGGACGAUUGCUACAAAAGAUUCAGACCAAAAAAGGAUAAAAUUAAAGAUUUACUGAAGUUGAUGAACACCGAACUACAUGCCAUUAGGGAUGCGAUCAUUGAACUCUUCAAAAGUGGAAAAGUUUCGGACUUACUAAUCAACUACAAAACACCGUUGCAGAAGAUCCUGGAAGUUUCAAAUGAAAAUCUAAAGGUCAAAGAUGUUGUCUCAACCAGAAAGGAUGAUUGGUUGUGCAAUGAGCUACUAAAGGAGAUUGGUGAAAAAAAAACAGCGAAAAAUCCAGUGAUUCAAUCAUUUAUGAAAGAUAAAUCUAGGAACACCCAACUACCAAGGUAUUUAACUGAAGAUAGCGUGAGCAAGUUCUUUCAGCAUCUAACUUUCUGUGUAAACCAACCAAGUGAUCUAAUAAGAACGAUUGACAAUGAUCUUCGCUCAUGGAUGAGAGAUUGGAUUCCACCGGACCAUCUUGGCAAAGUACAAUUAAAACUACCUUUCAAUAAAUUUGAUGAAUGUUUUAAAAAGUGGAUCAAUUCUAAAUGUUACAAGGAUACAACAAACAAUAAGCCAGAAAAGAGUUACUUAUCAUAUAAAGAGGGAAGUUCUUGUGUCGAAGAAAUAACGAGGGAACUGAGUGAUAAUUUUUCACAACGUAAAUAUGUUGGAAGCUCGUACAUAGAAAGAAAAUUAAUUGAUAAUAAUCUUAUUGCUAGUGACCAUGAUUUCAUCAAUCGAUUAAUAGACGACCAAGCAGAAAACAAAUUUUCUCUCUUCAUCGGAGAGCCUGGUAUGGGAAAAACAACUAUCCUCCAAUACAUUGCCUUCGAAGUUCAAAAGAAAUCCGAUAUUGAUGUGUUCUUGAUAUAUUUGAAUAACUUAAAGGAAACGCUCAAAUCAGGCUGUGAAAACUUAGAAGCGGUUUUCAAAAUUCUGCGAUCAGUUCUUUCGGAAUCAAGCAGGACAAUUUUGAAAAACAAUCUAGAAAGCAACGCAAAUCGAACUCUAAUCAUGUUUGAUGGGUUCGAUGAGAUCACUUUUCAUAACGAGGCAAUCGCCGUAAUUAGGCAAUUAUUGUCAAAGGAGAAUAUUCGAGUGAUUGUAAGUGGUAGAUAUCAUGUCAAAGAUAUUCUUGAAACAGAAUUUAGAGCAAGGGCAAUCAGAUUGAUUCCAUUUGAAAACGAUGAACAAAUAAUGGUUUUGAAAAAUUCAUGGGAAGCUUCCGAUGAUUCAAUGGAAUUUGAAAUUUUUUCAACUCAAUUGCUCGAAAAAUUCUACUCGGACAUAAAUAGUGAUGAGUCUGAAUUCUUUGGUAUUCCGCUUAUAAUUCGAUUGUUGGCGGAGGUAUAUUCUGAUGAUUUCCAACAAUAUUUAAAUACUGAUCCAGAUAAACGUGCACCAGAUAUUUUCCCGAAAGAAAAAUUUAAUGUUCUCUCAUUGUUUAAAAAGUUUGUAGAAUUUUCGUUUCAAAUCAAAUGGAAGAAAAAAAGAGACCAAGAUCCUUACCGAAAUAUCGACAUAUCAAGUGAUGACGAAGAGCGCCGUCAAUUGAAAUACUUUACUAUGGAGCAUCAAAUGGCUGCUUGGCACGAGAUUUAUGUGUCAGAUUAUGAAUCAACUAUAUCAACUUCUCAGUUUCAUGAUAUAAUCGCAUCAGGUGAAACAAUCGCAUCGGGUAAACACGAAAAACUUUACAACCAACUGCAAACACGAAUCAAAGACGGAAAAGAGCACUCUCCUCUAUUUAAUAUUUCCGAAGGCAAUCUCAGAUUCGUACACCGAUCCUAUGCCGAAUUUUUUGUUGCAACGUAUCUAUAUGAACAUAUCCAAAAAUGCAAGGAAAUUUUGUACGAAACACUUCUUAAUCAUGCAACAGUUCGAAGAUUUUUCUUUAUGCUAACUGAAGAACAAUUUUCAGAACAAUCAGAGCAAAUGAUUGCUCUGAGCGAUAUUUGUAAAGAUUCACCUGCGGUUGCAUUCUGGGCAUGUAAAGCAAAUUUUUUAAAAGUAGUGAAGGGGCUACUACAAAGGAAAGACUACAAAACUGAAACAUACGAAAGACACGGAUCAUUAUUACACACUGCGACGCAUGCUGGUCAUUGUGAGAUGGUUUCAUUUCUACUUGAUUAUGGCAUAGAUGCGAAUUUGAUGGCCAUGUUUGCUGCACCAUUGUUUGCAAAAAAUAGAAGUUCGCUGCACAUUGCUAGUGCCAAGGGGAAUCUAGAUAUUUUUAAACUUCUCCUCGAUCGAUCUGCCAACGUGGAUCUUCAGGAUGAAGAAAAAAAAACACCUCUCCACUAUGCAAGUGAAAGGGGGCUUUUAGAAAUAGUUAAACUUCUCCUCGAUCGAUCUGCCAACGUGGAUCUUCAGGAUGAAAGAAAAGGAACACCUCUCCACUAUGCAAGUCAAAAUGGGCAUCUAGAUAUUGUUAAACUUCUCCUCGAUCGAUCUGCCAACGUGGAUCAUCAGGAUAAAAAUAAUAAAACACCUCUCCACUAUGCAAGUAAAAAUGGGGAUCUAGAUAUUUUUAAACUUCUCCUCGAUCGAUCUGCCAACGUAGAUCAUCAGGAUGAAAAAAAAAGGACACCUCUCCACUAUGCAAGUCAAAAUGGGAAUCUAGAAAUGGUUAAACUUCUCCUCGAACGAUCUGCCUACGUAGAUAUUCAGGAUAACAAAAAUAGAACACCUCUCUACAUGGUAGUUAUUAAGCAUAAUGAAGAAAUAAACGAUUUCCCCUGCGAGGAUGAAAGUUACGAAACACCGCUCCAUCAUGCAAGUGAACGGGAGUAUCUAAAAAUUGCAAAACUUCUCCUCGAACGAUGUGCCAAUGCUGAUCAUCAGAAUUAUAUAGAUGAAUCACUUCUCAAUCUUGCUACUCAAGCGGACAAUCUAGAAAUGGUUAAACUUCUCCUCGAUCGAUCUGCCAACGUGGAUCUUCAGGAUGAAGAAAAAAGAACACCUCUCCAUUAUGCAAGUGAAAGAAGGUAUCUAGAUAUUGUUACACUUCUCCUCGAUCGAUCUGCCAACGUGGAUCAAGAGGAUAGUUAUGGCCAAACACCUCUCGAUUGUGCAAUUGAAAGGGGGUAUCUAGAUAUUGUUACACUUCUCCUCGAUCGAUCUGCCAACGCGCAUCAUCAGGAUGAAGAAAAAAGAACACCUCUCCACUACGCAAGUAAAAAUGGGCAUCUAGAUAUUGUUAAACUUCUCCUCGAUCGAUCUGCCAUCGUGGAUCAUCAGGAUAAAUAUAAUAAAACACCUCUCCACUAUGCAUGUGAAUGGGGUCAUCUAGAAAUAUUUAAACUUCUCCUCGAUCGAUCUGCCAACGUGCAUCAUCAGGAUAUAUAUAAUAAAACACCUCUCCACUAUGCAUGUGAAAGGGGUCAUCUAGAAAUCUUUAAACUUCUCCUCGAUCGAUCUGCCAACGUGCAUCAUCAGGAUGAAGAAAAAAGAACACCUCUCCACUACGCAAGUGAAAAUGGGCAUCUAGAUAUUGUUAAACUUCUCCUCGAUCGAUCUGCCAUCGUGGAUCAUCAGGAUAAAUAUAAUAAAACACCUCUCCACUAUGCAUGUGAAUGGGGUCAUCUAGAAAUAUUUAAACUUCUCCUCGAUCGAUCUGCCAACGUGCAUCAUCAGGAUAUAUAUAAUAAAACACCUCUCCACUAUGCAAGUAAAAGGGGUCAUCUAGAAAUGUUUAAACUUCUCCUCGAUCGAUCUGCCAACGCGCAUCAUCAGGAUGAAGAAAAAAGAACACCUCUCCACUACGCAAGUGAAAAUGGGCAUUUAGAUAUUGUUAAACUUCUCCUCGAUCGAUCUGCCAUCGUGGAUCAUCAGGAUAAAUAUAAUAAAACACCUCUCCACUAUGCAAGUUACUCGAAGAAGCUAGAAAUGGUUAAAUUUCUCCUCGAUCGAUCUGCCAACGUGGAUCAUCAGGAUAAAUAUAAUAAAACACCUCUCCACUAUGCAAGUGAAAGGGGUCAUCUAGAAAUGUUUAAACUUCUCCUCGAUCGAUCUGCCAACGUGCAUCAUCAGGAUAUAUAUAAUAAAACACCUCUCCACUAUGCAAGUAAAAGGGGUCAUCUAGAAAUGGUUAAACUUCUCCUCGAUCGAUCUGCCAACGUGGAUCAUCAGGAUGAAGAAAAAAGAACACCUCUCCACUAUGCAAGCGAAAAUGGACAUCUAGAUAUUGCUAAACUUCUCCUCGAUCGAUCUGCCAACGUGGAUCAUCAGGAUGAAUAUAAUAAAACACCUCUGCACUAUGCAAGUAAAAGGGGUCAUCUAGAAAUGGUUAAACUUCUCCUCGAUCGAUCUGGCAGCGUGGAUCUUCAGGAUGAAAAAAAAAGAACACCUCUCCACUAUGCAAUUAAAAAUUGGCAUCUAGAUAUUUUUAAACUUCUCCUCGAUCGAUCUGCCAACGUAAAUCAUCAGGAUAAAUUUAAUAAAACACCUCUCCAUUAUGCAAGUGACUGGGGGGCCCUAGAAAUUGCAAAACUUCUACUAGAUCGAUCUGCCAACGUGGAUCAUCAGGAUGAAGAAAAAAGAACACCUCUCCACUAUGCAUGUAAAAGGGGGCAUCUAGAAAAGGUUAAACUUCUCCUUGAUCGAUCUGCCAAUGUGGAUCAUCAGGAUGAAGAAAAAAGAACACCUCUCCACUAUGCAUGUAAAAGGGGGCAUCUAGAUAUGGUUAAACUUCUCCUCGAUCGAUCUGCCAACGUGGAUCAUCAGGAUGAAGAAAAACAAACACCUCUCCACUAUGCAAGUGCCUGGGGGCCUCUAGAUAUUGCUAAACUUCUCCUCGAUCGAUCUGCCAACGUGGAUCAUCAGGAUGAAUAUAAUAAAACACCUCUCCAUUAUGCAAGUGCCUGGGGGCAUCUAGAUAUUGCUAAACUUCUCCUCGAUCGAUCUGCCAAAGUGGAUCAUCAGGAUGAAUAUAAUAAAACACCUCUCCAUUAUGCAAGUGAAAGUGGGUAUCUAGAUAUUGUUACACUUCUCCUCGAUCGAUCUGCCAAAGUGGAUCAUCAGGAUGAAAAUAAUAAAACACCUCUCCAUUAUGCAAGUGAAAGUGGGUAUCUAAAUAUUGUUUCACUUCUCCUCGAUCGAUCUGCCAACGUGGAUCAUCAGGAUGAAUUUAAUAAAACACCUUUCUACUAUGCAAGAGAUAAUGGGCAUCUAGAAAUUGUUGAACUUCUCCUCGAUCGAUCUGCCAACGUGGAUCAUCAGGAUGAAGGAGAAAGAACACCUCUCCAUAAUGCACGUAAAAGGCGGCGUCUAUAA